AUGUCUCAAAAAAAGGUCACCUUUAAGCAGCGGAUUCGCAAAAAUGACAUGAAACGACGGCAUAAAGUCUCCUCGGAGCUCCGCAAAAAAAUCGGAGCGGGCCGUCGAACGCGGAAUCGUUUUGAUAGCAUUGAUUCGAACUCCCGCCCGGUAGGGGAGAUUGUGCGCGAGAUCGCGCAGGGCAUAGCGGUCCCCUCGCAGGAGCUUCCACUUGAUCCGCGUGGCCUUACCGAUAUCCUUUUACAAUCCUCGUCCGCUUUGCAAAGCAGCGCCACUCGUUUAACUCACAAAGACAACGUGAAAGGGAAAGCAAAUGUCGAUCCUACCCCGAGGAAGCAUCCCAGUAAGGCGGAACCUCAUUCCUUCGAUGCCAUUUCCCCUUCCUCCUCAUCACCGGGGCUGAAAUUGCAUACAAAGCCACUUCCGCCGGGCGAUCCUGCGGCACUUCCCGACCUUUCCGAGCUCGACCGGGCCGAGCAGCAGCGUAGACUCGAGGAGGACGCGAAGCAUUCCACUACGGAAGCGACCAAUCGUAAUCUCUAUCGCCAUCACGGACAGCCUUAUAUUUUCUGGGAGCGAGUUGGGCUGCAUCCUUUGCUCAUUCGAGCCUUGCGGGAGAUGAAGUUCACCCAUCCGACGCCCGUGCAGGAGGAGGUGCUGUCUGGCAUUCUUUCCCCUUCUUCGCCAUCCAAGCGCAAGGGCGGGAAGCGAUCGGGUGCGGAGGCCCCGCAGGAUGUUGUCGUUUCUGCCGAAACCGGCAGCGGCAAGACCCUGGUCUUUGCGCUGCCGAUCCUAAACGAUAUUUUGCACGCGAUUGAGGAGCCGGGGCCCGGGGUUGGUGAGGGCAAACGCCCCCGCGCGGUCAGCUCGCGGCGGGAUCGUUUGAUGCACGCGCUCGUUCUUUCCCCGACGCGGGAGUUGGCGCUGCAGCUGCGCGAGGCUUUUCGCCGGCUCGCGGCCUUUGCGCCUGGGGUGGUGGUCGGGGCGGUGGUGGGCGGGAUGGCCGCGGCGAAGCAGCAGCGCGUGGUGAACCGGCGACCGGACGUCCUCAUCGCGACCCCCGGCCGCCUCGCGGACCUCCUCACGAGCAAUGAGGGCUGCUAUCUCGGCCAUAGUCUGAGUCGGCGCCUGCGGGUGGUGGUCCUUGACGAGGCUGACCGGCUUCUGCAGUCCGGCCGCUUCGCGCAGCUGCGGGGGCUACUCGAGCGCAUCCGCGGCGAGUCCAGCCCCUCCGGAUUCCCCGAGGAGGCCACGCACGCGAAUAUCAGUGAAGUUAAGCCUGCAAAUUUCAACCACGCCGAUAACGAAGACAGUGAGAUGGAUGACACUGACACAGACAACAACAGUGACACGUGUAACAACAGUGAGAUGGAUAACAACAGUGAGAUGGAUAACAACAGCGAAGAGGAAGGGGAGGUCCGCUUGCGGAAGGAUGAGCCGCAGCGCAUGGCGAUGCCGGCGCCGGCGCCGGCGGGCCACCGCGUGCAGACCUACGUCACCUCGGCGACCCUUUCCCUCCGGACGAACUACGAGCGGCGAGACCGCUCGGCGGGGCGGACGAUCCUCCGGACGUCGAGCGCGGAUGUGAUGGGGCAGGUCCUGCAGGAGCUGGGGAUACGGCCGAGCCACGCACGCGUCUUUGAGGCCACCGCCGGCUCCACGGUGGCGGCUAAGCUCAACGAGGCUUACCUUCGCUGCCCAACGGACAGCAAGGAGCUCUACCUAUACUAUUUCCUGAAGACGUUCGCCGAGGACCGGACGGUGGUCUUCGUGAACGCAAUCUCAAUGCUACGGCGGCUGGUGAAGCUGAUCGAGAUCCUCGGGAUCGCGGUGGUCGGGCUCCACGCCUCUUUACAGCAGCGCCAGCGGCUAAAGGUAAUCGGGAAAUUCAGCGAGGGUAAGGUACGGGUUUUGAUUGCCACCGACGUCGCCGCUCGGGGGUUGGACGUGGAGGGGCUGCGGUACGUUGUGCACUACCAGGUGCCGCGGUCGACGGAUAUGUAUAUCCACCGCUGUGGGCGGACAGCGCGGUGCGGGGGGACGGGGCUUUCCCUUCUCCUCGUCAGCGCCGUCGAGCAUGCGUCGUUUCGCAAGCUGCUGGAGUCGCUCGGGCGGAAAGAGAGCGGGUUGGAGACCUUCGCGGUGCAGCCGACGAUUCUUUACCACCUCCAGCCCCAUCUCCGCCUCGCACUGCAGAUCGACUUACUCCAAAAAGAGGUCGGCAAGACCAGCGCAGGGAAUGAGUGGGUGCGGCGGAUGAGUCGGGAGGCAGAUCUGGAGGUGGGGGACCUGUACAACGACGAGGCCGAUGCCGAGAAUCGCGAAAAAAUUAAGGCGAUAAAGCUGCUGAAGAGGGAGCUGGAUAAGAUGACAAGAAAGUUUAUGGGCUCAUACGGAGGGAAGGGUGCCUUUCGCACGGGGGCGUCGGUGCUCGGCGCGAAGAUAGCGGAGGAAAAGAUAUGUGCUCGCGCCGAACGGCAGACCCUUAGGUUCAAUAAAAAAUAG